AUGAGUUGGAUUAACAAUCCAAGAAUUGAUACCUUAAUGAAAAAAGCUACAGAUGUUCUUCUGAAAGGAGUUUUGCAGAAAGUUCAUAAUGAGAACAACAGGAAUGAUUGUGCAGAAACGCUAGAUGAAUGUUUAGACGAGUUUUGUAAGAAAGGUCCGAAUCCCUCUGUUGAACACACUUCAACAAGUGUGUUAUCGCUCGCGAAACUAUUUUAUCAUCUCGGUGAUAACAGGGUUUCAUGCGAGUUGAUCUGGUGCGUUGUCUCUCUGGCGAUUUCAGAGUUCAUCCAAGAACGCGAGCUCAAUGUAAAAUUAGUUUCCCACCAAGGGAAGAGACGGUUUCUGCGCAAAUUGUCAGAUCAUAUUGUGGCAGAAUUCCCAAUUUUUGAAAUUUGCCACAACUCAUUUUAUACGAAUGACCUCGAGCGGGCGGAUGUUGCCGAAGCGCUCAAGCUCGCUCCUUCGUUCAUUGAGUUAUUGCGAUCUUUCGAGUUGACGGACACGAAAAAAGCAGAGCUAGAACGUAACCCAGAUUAUUAA